AUGCAUCACGCCCUAAUCCGCACGCACCAUAUCACGUCGCGCAAGAAAAUAGCUGCGUUGAAAGCGGCUGCGAAGAAACAUGGUUGUUUCGCGCUGCUGCGGAGUGGAGGCACGCCAGGGAUUAUGUAUGUCCAGGGUGAGGAGGAGGGGGUUCGCGAGUGGGUCGGGGUUGUGCAUGGUCUUCAUUACAAGGACUAUCACCUAGUCGCUGCUCCAGCGGCCAUCAAACCCACGCCAGCUAAAUCAGGUCCACAAAGCACACCAUCAUCGUCGGCCAAGGACGCAGACAAUACCUGGUCUUUCGAAGAAAUCGACACGGUCAAAGAAUUCGGCAAGCACAUGGAAGAAAAGGGCGUACUGGAGUGGUGGAGGAAAGCUAUGGAUUUCACGAGCUGA